AUGUACACAGAAGAGAAUCCGGCCAUUCAACCACCUAACGACAUGGAAGAUGAAUCAACAUGGACAACAAAUUAUUUGAAAUCACCCACCAAAGAGAGUCUUGUUCACAACAUGUCUGGAAUUGAUAUAGAAACAUCGGAGCAACAAGCCAAUGAUUGCGAUGAUGACACGCAUCAUUUGUACAUGAAGGAUGAUGAUGAGAAUGACGAUAUUCAAAAUUUUCAAUCACAUCAUGCAAACAUUAUUUCGGAGGAAGAAAUUUCAGCAGCAAAUAAUAAUAUUUUAGGGCUAUUUCACAUACCACAAGAGGUGAUGAAUGAAAACCCUCAAUUUUGUAAAUUAUUAUCUAUAAUCUCGGAGCAUAUUUCUCCAGAAACUGGUAUCCGAACAGAAGAGGAGAAGGAAUUAAAACGAUUAGAAUCCUUGUUGGAAAGAGAAAAACAAAAAUAUUUUCAGAAUUUAAUUAUUCUGGACACAGUGAAGGAUAUGAUCGAAGAUGAAAUUGAGUAUAGAUAUGACCAUCCAAAGCUUUACAAUUGUCUGUGCCAACUUGAUGCUAAAUUAUUACAGUCCGAAGUGGAGCAAUCUUUGAAUAUUUCAGAUACACCCCAUCAUCUUGAAGAACCAGUCAAUAUUUAUGGAAUUGAUCCUCAAUCCUCCAACAGCAACAAAUCAGACCAUUCAAAUUUCGCAAAUGAUAUUCAGCAACUAGUCAUUCCAGAGCUUGAAAGACGAUUGGAAAUGAUGUAUGAGGAUCUUGUACAGUUUUACCAACCUUUUCCAAAUCAACACACAAGUAUUUUUGUGUCAGACACAACGAACAGCCAAACAAAUCAAGAGAAGACUCUCACACAUCUUGUGAAAUGUCAUCUAAACGAAAUUGCACAGGAAAAGGAAAACAUACUAGCCGACAAGCAAAAAUUACACCAGUACAUUUUUGCGUAUUUCAGCAAAAUGAACCAAUACCUUCAUAUUCUGUGCACAUUGCUCGACAACUACAAAUUUGGCAGCUUCAGACAGUACGACGAGUCAACAAUCUCAUGGCUUGUAGAGAGAACCGAGGCCAUGAAGUUGAAAUUAACGUCUAUCAAGUAUGAAUAUCUAGUGUCCACCUACAAUAAGCAAACAGUACCCAUUCUACAUCAAAUGUAUAAGGCUCUUGAUUCUACGUUUGAGCAACUCCAAACCCAAAGUAAUCAUAUGGAUGCAGAAAUUAAAAAGUAUUCUUCUCUUGGUGACGAGUUUGAAAAGCUUGUAGAGGAGUUUGGAAUGAUCCUAAAGAAAAUUCAUGAGAAGAAGUGGGAGAUUGAGCAGCUACAAAACCCAAAUGACUAA